AUGCUUGGCGGCCCUUGCCAUCAUCGGGCAAGGCGCGGCCCUGGACAGCUGCAUCAGUGCAUCAUCUGCUCAUCACGUGCUGCCUGCAUCCCACCGUCCAGUGCCCACCACCUACACUCCAGUACAGACUUUGGCAUGUGGGUUGGAUGGGCGCGUUGUGCUCGUCGAGUCGUCCGGCGUGAUGUGAAGGCGCCACGGAGGCUGCUCUCCACCCAGACACCUCACGCAGACCUCCUGUCACAGACCACCCGUAACAUCGGCAUUGUCGCCCACAUCGAUGCAGGAAAGACAACGACAACAGAGCGCAUGCUCUACUACAGUGGCUACACGCGACGAAUAGGAGAUGUCGACGAGGGAUCCACGGUGACCGACUUUCUGCCUGCUGAACGAGCCCGUGGAAUCACCAUUCAGUCUGCAGCAAUCACCUUCCAUUGGCCACCACAGGAACCAGGCCCAAAGCCUCCUCAAGCACCUGAAUCAUUUGACUCCCUCUCUCCUUCAACAUUCCCGCACAAUGUAAACUUGAUCGACACGCCUGGCCACGCAGACUUUACAUUUGAGGUCCUGCGCUCUCUCCGUGUGUUAGACGGGGCUGUCUGCAUUCUGGACGGCGUGGCUGGCGUGGAGGCCCAAACUGAGAAAGUCUGGACCCAGGCUGGCAACUACCGCAUCCCCAGAAUCAUCUUCGUCAACAAGCUUGACCGAGUUGGUGCUGCCUUUGCGAGGACCGUGAAAGAGAUCGGCGUCCGGCUCCAUGGCUGGCCUGCUAUCUGUCAGAUUCCGUGGUGGCAAGGUGGCAAUGGAGACUUUGUCGGUGUCGGCGAUGUCGUCAACCUCCGCGGUAUGCUGUGGCAGCUAGGAGGAGACGGGAGAGCCAUCCAGGCGUUUGGUCUAGAAGAGCUCGACAAGACCGAUGCAAAGUUCGCUCAAGAGAUCAGGAAGGCCAGAAUUGCUCUGGUCGAGAUUCUGAGCGAGCACGACGAUGCCAUGGUCGAGGCCUUCCUGGAACACGAUGAAGACCACCUGGCCAUACCGGCCUUGCUGGUCUGGCAGUCGCUUCGACGGCUAGUGCUACAGAGCAGUCAGACUGUUAUACCAGUCUUCGCAGGUGCCAGCUUCCGCAAUAUCGGUGUUCAACCCCUGCUGGAUGCGACCGUCGACUUGCUUCCGUCACCUCUCGAGCGCCCAGAUCCAGAGAUCAGCAUCUCAGGCCAGAGCAGCACUUUAUCCACUCUCCUUACCGCAUCAGCAGCCGCCCAACCUGCGAAAGCGGCCAAGAAGCCACAACAGUCGAAAGAUUUGGCGGUUCCUGACGUCAAGAAUCUCGCAGCUUGUGCCCUGGCCUUCAAGGUGGUCAACGACACCAAACGAGGUGUGCUGGUGUACGUGCGCGUCUACUCUGGGUCUCUGGACAAGGGCGCAACUCUCUACAACACAAACCUGGGACUCGCCGAACGCGCGCCACGUCUGCUCAAGAUGUAUGCCAACGAUGCUGUAGAGGUCGACAGCAUCGGGCCUGGCCAGAUUGGCGUGAUCACAGGCCUCAAGCACGCAAGGACUGGCGAUACACUGAUAGUGUACAGAGGCCUGCAGAUGAAGGGAACUCCUCCAGGCGGGCUGAACACCCUGCAGCUGAGACCCAUCAACGUACCACCACCUGUCUUCUUUACAAGUAUUGAACCACACAGCCUUAGCGAGCAGAAGCACGUCCACGAGAGUCUGGCGAUACUGCUACGUGAAGAUCCUAGCUUGCACCUCUCCAUCGAUGAAGAGUCGGGGCAGACGCAUCUUGCAGGCAUGGGCGACCUGCAUCUCGAGAUCGCACGCGACCGUCUUCUCAACGACUUCAAAGCCAAGGCGCGCAUAGGCAAGAUCGAGAUCGGGUAUCGCGAGACCAUCACUUCAGCGACAUCACCGUACACUUACGAGCUCGACAAACCUAUUGCAGGGAAACAAGCCAAGGCGAGCAUCACAGCCUCGGUCGAGCCCUUGGAUGACAGCAUGAUCGUUCCCGGUACCCAGGUCGAGACAGAGAUUGAAGAUGGCCCUUUCGAGACGACGUUCACCCUCCCCGACAACAACAAGCUGUCCAUCUCCCACCCUAGGCUCUCCCGCCACGACUCUGCUUCUCACAAAGCUCACAUUCCACCCCACCUCUCGCUCCCAGGCAUCCUUCACUCCUUCCAAGCCGGCGCCUCCGCAGCCCUGGCCCGCGGUCCCUUCAACGGCUUCCCCGUCGCCAACACACGCGUCCGCAUCGACCUCGACGCCGGCGCAACGCUCUUCCCAGAAACAACGCCCACCGCGCUGUCGAUGGCAACGCGCGCAGCCGUGAAUGCAAGCCUACGCACCUCGAUCGCCGCAAGCCCACCCUCAUUCAUGGAGCCUGUCAUGAACGUGACAAUAUUCGUGCACGAAUCCUCCCUCGGCGCUGUGGUGCAGGACAUCUCGUCUGCGCGGGGUGGACAGGUGCUUUCCCUCGACGGCACCGAGUCCAUCGCUACCUCGACGUCCACGGAGGAUCUGCCACGCAUCGAUCCGAACCUGAUCUACACGCCGCCCGAUCCGUUCGCGAGCGGCACAGGCGACAUGAGCAGUGGACUCGCAGACAGCCAGCGGCAGAUCGUGGCGCGGGUGCCGCUGAAGGAGAUGGUGGGGUACUUGAACCACCUGCGUGCGCUGACGGGCGGGCGCGCCACGUUCGUGAUGAGCGUCGACGGGUUCGAGAAGAUGGGGUCGCAGCGGCAGAAGGACGUGUUGGAUAGCAUGAGGGAGUUUUAG